AUGUCUACUACCGUUGAGCCAGUAAACAACAAGGUCGUAAGCCGCGACGAAUGGCUCGCCGCCCGCAAAGAUCUUCUCGAAAAGGAAAAGGAACUCACCCGGGCCAACGACAAGCUGACGGAACAACGCCGCGCCCUCCCCAUGGUCAAGGUAGACAAGCAAUACACCUUUCGCGAUGAAAACGGGGCGACAGCCACCCUCGGCGAUCUCUUCCAUGGCAAGCCCCAGCUCAUCGUAUACCACUUCAUGUUUGGCCCCGACGAAGAGAUUGGCUGCCACGGAUGCUCUCACACCGCCGACGCACUCCCCGACGUGCGACACCUGCGGUUCAAAGACACCAACCUGGUAUGCGUCUCGCGCGCGCCUCCCGAAAAGCUGCAGGCCUUCAAGGCGGCCAACGGCUGGACGUGGCCGUGGUACUCGAGCCAGGGCACCGACUUCAACUACGACUUGCACGCGACGAUUGACGAGUCCGUGUGCCCGGUGGAGAUGAACUUCCGGACCAAGCAGGAGAUGGAGGCCAGGGGAAAGCGCUGGUGGACCGGCGACGUGCCCGGCUUCAGUGUCUUUUACAAGCGCGACGGGGAUAUUUUCCACACCUAUUCGACCUGGGAGAGGGGCGGGGACAAAAUCAUGCCGACGCUGCAGUUGUUGGAUAUGACGCCGCUGGGGAGGAGGCUGGACAAGUACGGACCGGCCGAGUUUCGACUCAAGUACGAGUAUGAUGAGAGCGUGUAG